CAUUCCUUAUCUCCAGAACUAAUAUUGUUCGCCUUUUUUCGUUUUCUUCGGAUUGGUUUUUUUUUUCAUUGUCUAGCAAAAUCUGUAUGAUUUUAUUCAUUCCAUGUUGGUUCUUUUGUGUGUGUGUGUAUAUUGUCCUUCAAACUUCAAAGGCUACCAAAAAUAUUGAUAUAAUCAUGGAUCAAAACCAAUCGACACAAAACGACCAAAAUCCAUUCGACCAUUUAGACUCAUCGCUUUAUGAUUCGAGCAGCGAAAUGAUUGAACUUCAUGAAAAAGCAGCUUCCAUCCCAGUCGUCUCAAAUCCAAGGGAAGAACUUUCAUCUGAUGUUCCAAAAAUUGUGAAAAUGAUCGAGAAAAAAUCUGACACAACGACAAAACCAGAUGUGGUGCAAACAGUUCCUGAUAGACUCGAGAACAAUCCUUUGUCUGAGAAGAAUGACGAUGCUAACAAUAGGGUGAUGACAGUCCAAGAGAGAAAAAUGAAAUUUCUAAAACUGACGCAACUGGCGAAUGAUAGCUACAAAUCGAAUGAUCAAGAGAAAGAUAUGAAUGAUGUAACUGGUGAGUUGGUCAAGAAACAGGUAGAGAAAGCAGUGCAAAAACCUAAUUUCGAUGUUGCAGACGUUAUGGCUACUUCAAAUCGAAGAAGAAGCACUGGAGAGCCAACCAGUAUUUCAAGCCCGACGAAGAAAGCCGAAGAUAAAUGCAAAUUAGAAAAAGCGAAGAUUUCCACAGAUCCUCACAACGAUGAGGUGAAGAAUCCAUCAUUGGACCAAAAAAGCCACAAUCAAAGUACACAAGAUGAACAAAACCUCAAGAAAGUUCCUCAGACAAUUGAAGAUGAUCCGAAGUUCCUGGAGAAGACGACGGAGCUCAUCAAGCAGUUUGGUGAAAACAACAAGAGGUUAUUGGAAAGGCAUGAAAUGAUGAAAGCCGCGAAGGAAUCGUUGAAGCAGAACAUUGACGCCUAUCUUAACUCUAAGUCUACUAAGGAUAAUGAGAACGAAAUGGACCAAAACGGCAUUGAUCCCAUAGUAAACGGAAAUGGGAUUUUGAAUGGAAAAAAUCAUGAGGGUACAACUGUGAUAGAAAAUAACCAAAAUGGUCAUGACUCUCAAGUCAAUGGUACCAAUACUCCUACUAAUGGUAUAAGUUCCGGCAUCUCCUCCAAUGAAGCUGUAAAUCACGAGACUCGUGUAGAUGGUGACUGGCAGAAUGAUAAGGCUGAAACUGUUAACAACGUUCCAUCAGAUAAUGAGAUGGAUGCAGAUGUUGGACUACAGAAAUCUUCAGCUGAAACUACUACCAGGAUUCCAUCUGAGCAGCAGAACAUAGACGACCAUCCGGAGCAGCAGAAUGGCGAACACCAUCGUGAAGAUUCACCUACUAGUACAACCGAAAUUAUUUCGGAAGAUAUGCCGAAAAUCCGUCCAGAUCAGCUUGAAAGACUAUAUGAAAUUGAAAAAGAAUUGGAGCACUCUUGUUCCCAGUAUGCUGAAUAUAGAAGGGAAGUUUUUACUAAGGGUCCAAGCGAAUUCGAACCCGACCUGAUCGACCUCCAGGGCAAUAAACUACUGGAUCGCCAGAUAGCAGCCAAGUUGAAUAAUCUUUAUUUCGAUUCUACUUCAUCAGAAGAAGAGAUCGAAGUACAGAAGUGGAAUGGUCCAACCUCAAAAUAUACUGAAAGGAAGUCUAACAUAGAAGAUAUGAAUGUGAGUGCAGCACAAACAGAUGACUCUGAACCAGCCUUGGAAAUCGACACGGAAUAUGAACAAAGUGAGCAGGGGAGUGUUCCAACAACAUCUAGAGAUAUAUCAUAUGAUGAUCCCAAGCAGGCGAGAGAAGAACAAAAUGAAGGAUUCAAUAUAGAUGAUUUCCUGGAAGGAGCUAAAUUGGACCCCAAACUUUAUUCGUUCUCUCCAUCAAAUAAGAGAGUAGUAAUGAACCUUCUCAGUGACGUUGAGAUCUUUUCCAGAGCCGCUUUAGCUAUUUUAAGAGCCGAAAGAACUCCGGUGAUUCCCAACAUCAAGUUUCGUAUUCCUUCUCCGCCUCAAUUCGAAGCAGAAAUUCCAGAAAGCAUAAGGCAUGUAUUCGAAGCGGUCGGCCAUAUGAAACCACGACUACCAACGCAACAAAGAGAAUCAUCUUCAACAGAACGGGAUGAACCAAGUGUUGAGUUUGAAUAUGUUCCAUUUUCUAUGGAUGAUCAGUCGAAUGAAGAAAAGCCUUCGACUUCAGAUGAACCAUACAGCAAAAUGCGAGAGUCCAAUCUUUUCGAAGAAGCCGGCAUCCAUGAUAAACCUGAUUCAAAAGCCAAGACGGCAGGAUCUUUAUUGGUUGAAGAAUUAUUGAAUAGAAACCCAUGGGAACCUUAUCAUCCACAAGCACAGGACGCAAUGAUGCAAGUGCUAAAUACAUAUGCACAAAUAAAUGCUAUGCAUAACUUGACUGAGCCGCAAUUCAACGAAGCUAUGCCAGAAGAACCAUAUUCUGAAGAAAUUCCAGAUUUUUCAGAUGAGCCCAUGGAUACGGAAAUUUUACCGAAAGAUAGAAGGAAAGGCAUUAUAACUCCUGAUGAAGUGGAAGAUCCUCCAGAAGAGAAUCCUCCAACCGGAAAUCCUAAUCCAGAUCCUUUACCUGCAAAUCCAGAACCUCCUCAAGGAGAGUCUAAUCCUUCAGCUCAAAAUCCACAAUCGACUAGUCCUCGGUCAGAUCAAGCAGGAAUUCAUUAUGGUGACCUCAAUCUUUCAGAGGAAAGAGAUUUAUCCAAGUAUGUACGUCAAUCUGAUAAUGUUGCUAAGGACCAAGAUGAUGCUUCAGUACCAGUUAGUUCAAAGCAAGUUCCAAAUACUCUAAAACCAUUGCCUUUAAUCGGAAAUGAGGAUGAACCAAUUCCAAUGAUGCAGGAUCAAUCAAAACCUACCGGAAAGAUGGUUGCUACUGCACCAAUACCAGAACGGAACAGUCCAAUUCCGCCACAAGAUGAACAAAUGCCCGAAGAAGUUAUACCUGAAAAUCCAAUACAACCAGAACAACCCCAAGAAGAAGAUGGAGAUACCCCACCAAGGGCUCGUGCAGCAUUAACAUCAAAUCAGGUGAACAGUGACAUCAUUACUGCGGCUGACUAUGACAGAUCUCGCUGUCGACCACGUCGUCCAAAUCAUCCUCCACCAGCACCACCAGGAGGAGAUAAUGAUCAACCUGAACAACCAGCAGCAUCAAUGCGGCUAGAUCCUGUAGUGAUCCCAUUUUUGGAAGAAGAGAGACAAAGUAUAUCUGAACAUAUCAAACAGGUAACAGGUCAGGAACCAGAUGUAUCACCAACUCCUAGCAACGAUUCGAAUGAUUCUCAAGAAAGAAAGAAAAUAAGACGACGACGACGUACCAAGUCAUUGAACGAACCAAAAUCUCCCAAAUUCAGACCGGUUUAUCAUCCUGGCACCAACAAUGAAUACGCAUCUCCACUCUAUCAGGAGGAUAGCCCAGAAAAAAACAGCAGGCAAAACAUGAAUAAACCUCGGGAUAACCUCAUCGUCAAGCCUAGUCCCGCUGAUAAGGAUCAGGACAUGGAUAUUGAUUUGACUGCUGAGCAGAAGGAGGAUGAGACCGUGCAAGUGGUAGAUAUUCCAACUCCUUCUCUGCCGCCUCAAGAAAUGGUUUCAGAGGAAAUACCUUCUAAAACUCAAAACCAACGCCAUCUUGUUCAAGCAAGUUACCUACAUCCCAGGGACCCACGGGAGCAUUGUUGUCAACUGUUGUCAGAUCGGCAGAGACAGAGGAGAUCACAUCGUAUUCCGAAUCUUGCAGUAGGCAUCGAUGGAAUUAUGACAUGUAACAGAACUGUUAAUACAGAAGGAACAAACGAAAGUGGUGACGGUCAAAAUCCGAACGAAAAGCAGGAACAACCAGCAGCACCAAUAGAGGCUCCUAACAAUGAACUUAUACCAAGUAAUAACAGUGGAUCUGGUAAUGGAAACAUAGGAGGAUCACCGUCCGAUGAUGAAGAUAGGGAUAAAAACACCCAGAAGAGGUCGAGGAAGAAAUCCCCAGAACCUCCAACAGGCUCUCCUGUCAUCGACAAAGCAAAAAACACAGAUGAUAAGGAGAAUGACACCAACAUUCUCAAUCCACCUGAUCGUUCCUUCUUCAAGAACCGUUCCAAAUCCGAUGAAAAUAACCCAAAAGUGGAUGCAGAGGGUGGAUUGAAAUCUCAGUUAUCGAAGUCCAAUGAAUUUGAAAUGAGAACUGCACCGGAACGAGUAUUGAACAGCAGUUCUGAUUCUAAUAGUAGCGAUUAUAUGCAACCUAUCCAGAGAUGUCCAUAUGAAGCUGGUCCUGCUGAGCAAGAACAUCAGAGGGGAGGAGUACAAAUGGAGAGUGAAUCCAUGUCCCAGGCUUCUUCCAAACGUAAAUGUCCACCGACUCCCGAUAUAGAAGGUGGUCCUAACAAGAUUUUGGCUCGAGAAGAUGACAACGGUCAGUUAAUAUCUAAACCAAAUGAAGAACCAGGGCCAAGUAGUCCUAUGGUUGGAAAACCGGCGAGAAUAACACAAAGAAGAAUGCCAGUGCCGAGCGAAUCCGAUUUGAGUGAGUCCGAUAGAGGCCAGUCGGUGCUUAGUGAGUCAGGAAUAAGUGAGAUCGAUGAUUUUCCUGAAGAUGUCAGUGAAGGAUCUUAUGCAAAUUCCCGAAGAAUGACAAGGAAUCAAGCAGCACAGAUUGAAGCUUACCAACAGCAGCAGCAACAACAGCAGCAGGAGCUGUAUCCUGUUGAUGAGCAUCCUCCUACCCCUCCAACUCCUGUAUUGGACGAAGGUGUGUAAAAUAAAUUUUUCCAAUUGAAAUGAUUUUUUUUCAAUCGUUGAUUUAUUUUUAUUUCGGUCGUUACCUGAUUGAAUCCAUGUUAAGAUGAAUAGGUACCUAUAUACUAUCUUUGCCAUGAUUCAUUGUUUCUCCAUUUUCAAAUAAAUAAGGUUCAUUCACACCGCCAGCCCAAAAGUCACACUAAUUAGUGACACUUUGAGGAUGGAGAGGACUUUCAACGAUCAUUCUUGGAUUUCUCCAGUUACAAUUCUGCUUAUUACCAUAAUUAAUGGUCUUAUUUGUGGGCCGUCAAAUAUCCCCCCUAUUCUCAUCAAGAGCCUUCACAAAAUGCUUCAUUAAGCC